AUGUUGAUUUCCCAAAUCUUUGCCAUUGGUGCUAUUCUUUUGCAUUCGGUUGUUGCAAUCCCUCUUGCAGCAACCAAGGAUGCAACACCCGAAGUUCAACUCUCACAGCGGUCAACCCAUAGGCCAGACUGGCCAAAAGCCCCUCAUCGCCGGUCAGUCAACUCGCCUCAGCACGAGCGCCGGCUUUUCAACCCUCUCACACCGACCAAAGCGGUCUUUCGCAAGGUCUUCGGGAAGGGGAAGAAAACCAAGACCAAGCCGGAACCACCUCAAGCAGCCGCCCCGAAACCAAUUCCAGAGUGGCAGAAACCCUAUAAACCACCUCCUACUUAUUCUUACUAUGAACCACUACCGGUCCCAAAGCCUAUGCCUCCGGCCGCGAAGGGAAACACGCCUUACAAACCACCUCCUACUUACUCUUACGACAAUAUUAAGAGGCGACUAUCAAGGCGGUCCUCCCGUAGCAAGGUCGCAAGGAGAUCCAAAAAGGCUCACCUUUUGUAA